UCUAAUUAAAGCAGAAUUAUGCGAGAUGUUCUUUGUUAUUUUGUACUUGAAAUACAGAAGAUUUGUCAACUGUAACGAUAUAUUUUUCCAAAAUUUCCGUUUGAUAAUUGUUGCAAUUGGUGUGAUGCAAUUAUUUGACAUGUGAGGUCAAAGUGGAUCCAGUUCUCUACUGAACAGCUUUGCUGAUCGGAAAACUACGAAAAUUUUGGACGCCGGACAAAUUUAUGGAUGAUAAAACCAAUAUUGACAGUAGUGUAGAUUCGCAUGGACUGGAAGAACAAAGAGGGGCAGGAAAGAACGAAACGGUUUGCCGGCAAGUGACAGUGUCUCAUCGGCCAUAACCGAGGCAAGAAGCAAGGAAAACCGUCUAUUGGUAUAUAAUGUAUCGGUUUGUGAAGCAGUGAAUGGAAACGCAAGUAAUUAAACUAUACCUUGCGCGCGAUAUAUGAUAGCGAUAGCGAAAUACGUUUCACGGGCAACCGACUUCUCUGUUGAAGUCUCAUCAAAUCGUUGAUCAAUCUGAAUCUUAUGUGGGACGAUAGUGUCAACAAAGAUGCCGAACGUUAAAGAUAUUAAGAUGAAAGCACCUGACGGCGGAUGGGGAUGGUUUGUGUGCCUUGGUACCAGCUUAAUAACGCUUUCUUUAAGAUCCUUGGAUCCUUCAUUUGGUCUCCUUUUUCAUGAACCUUUGAAGAAAUUAAAUAUCGACUCGACAGGUGCGUCGUUAAUAAUGAGCAUCUUGGACGCCAUUGUUAAUUUUUCAGGUCUUUUCAUAGGACCGCUGUUGAAGACAUUUUCUUACAGAAAGGUUGCUUUCUUUGGAUCUGUUCUAAGCUGCAUUGGACUGAUUCUUACAUCGUGCGCUAAUAGCAUGAUCCAUAUUAUUUGUACUUACAGUAUUAUAUCAGGUCUAGGAACCGGUCUUGCACUAGCUUCAUCUUUUGUCGCACUAAACACGUUUUUCGAUAAAAAACGGGGUCAAGCAGUCGGGUUUUCCAUGGCGGGAACAACAUUAGCUAUGAUGCUGGUACCACAGCUAAUACAUGUUCUUCUGGAUUCUUAUGGAUUCCAAGGAACCAUGUUGAUCGUCGGGGCGUGUGCACUGCAUUCCGCAGUUGGUGCAUGUCUAUUACGACCGCUAGAUGAUUCGGACCAGAGUAUUCGGAUCGCUAAGAAACCAACCGAAAGUGACACGUUAUUAAACAAAAAUGGUGGAAAAGUGUUGGAAGAAAUAGAGGCUGACAGUGAUCCACCGAAAGAUGACAGUCUGAUAAAGGACGAAACGAAAGGCGAGCAAAAGGACGAGUCAUAUUUCGACAAAAUAAAGGAAACCUUGGAUCUGGAUCUUCUUAAGAAUGGCGUCUAUCUGAACGUCAUUAUCGGGCUGAGUCUGUAUUACGUGGCUGAAUCGAAUUUUAAACUGAUGACUCCGUUCUUCCUAACUAGUAUAGGAAUGUCAAACCUGGAAGUCGCCACUUGCUUGUCAAUAACCGCAUUCACCGACAUUCUUGCCCGAAUCCUCCUGCCGACCAUCUUCGACAGAUUAGGAUUCAAGAAGAGAUCCGUAUUUUGGGUGUUCUGUCUCUUCGUUGGCAUUGGACGGUCUCUCAUGGUAAUUCAAUCCAAAGGAUUGUGGUUGAUAGUGACCUUCGUAGUGAUUGGGUUCUUACGUGGUGCUACUUUGGUCAAUCUAAACCUAAGCGUUUCCGAAUGCUGUUCUUUGAAGAAGCUGCCGAGCGCUUUUGGAAUGUUCAUGGUGGCCAAAGGCAUAUUCGUCAUAAUCAUGAGUCCGCUAAUUGGAUACAUCAGAGAUGUCAGCGAAAGUUAUGCGAUAUGUAUACAUGUCAUGACCUUGAUGAUAUUCAUUACAUUUAUUGCGUGGAGUUUGGAAUACAUUUAUGAUGCAUUUAGGAGGAGGAGAUCCUUUAAGCAUCGUGUUAAGAGUGCGAAAACAGAAGCAAUAUAAGUGUCAAAUACAUAUAAAUUGUAACAUCAUCCUUUAUGAUCGCAAGAAAAAAAUAUUUUACAUACACAUUUAAAAGAUGUUCCACACAUAAGCGAUCAAACGUUGAUAUUAUGUUCUAUGAGAAACAAUAACAAAACGCUGUUACACAAACCAGAAAUGCAUUUAAUAAACAGUGUGGACGAUUGAUACUGUAAUCGCUGCAUUCUUGUGACGAAGUAUUUCCAAAAUAUUUCGAUAGAACAUACACAUUUGAUAGUUCAACGCAUCAACAACUCAUCGUACACUCUACUGCACUUGUCGCAAUGAUAUUUUUAUCAACAUGAAUGUAUAAUAAUAAGAUAGUCUUGAAAAAUAAUUAAAGAAAUACAGAGUAAACGUAAGUAAUAUGGAUCAUCUGAUUUCAAAUGCUUGGCAAGAAUAGAGAAAUUUUAUCUGUAUAAUGAAAUUUAUGAUACAGGAUUUCUGAACUAAUGUACUUAUUGUAUAAUACAAUUCGAAAGUGUCAUGAA